UACAACUGGGAUACACCAAAACCAUGAAAAGCCAAUUAAUAGGAUUUCUUAUGAACUUUUGGGUUUCUUUUUCACUCGCUUUAUAUUUUCACAGUGGAGAAAGAGAAGAGAAAUGUAUAAUCGAAGACGUUCCCAGUGACACAUUGGUAAUUGGGAAUUACAAAGUACAACGCUGGGAUACACAAAAACAAGACUUUCUGGAAUCUGCUCCUGGUUUGGGAAUGUUUGUGACUGUCACAACUCCUUCUGCUGAGGUAAAUAUGCUUUUGUCAAAACUGUAUGGGCCAAAAGGAACAUUUUCUUUUACAUCCUAUCUAUCUGGGGAACAUAUUAUCUGUUUACAGUCCAACUCCACAAGAUUUGUGGCAUUUGCAGGAAGUAAACUGCGUAUCCAUUUGGACAUUAGAGUUGGAGAACAUUUUUUGGAUGAAUCCGUUCUUCAAGCCAAAGGCAAAGUGAAUGAAGUUAAUGUUAGACUAGAAAAUCUAAUUGAGCAAAUUCAUCACAUAUCCAAAGAACAAAACUAUGAAAGAGAGCGUGAAGAAAAAUUCCGGAAGACAAGUGAAGAAACCAACAGCAAUAUUUUAUGGUGGGCUGUUGUACAAACACUAAUCCUCAUUUCCAUUGGAAUCUGGCAAAUCAAAUCUCUCAGAGAUUUCUUUAUCUCUAAGAAGCUUGUUUAAGUCUUAUAAAG